ACCAUAUAUUUUUUGGAGUAUUUUACUGGCUUUCUUAAUUUCAGUCAAUCAGUGGUGUUCACUGUGUGGUUGUUGUCUCUCCCAAAAAAAUUAAUAGGUAUAAAAUAAAAAUAAUAUUUAAUUCUCCAUACAGUCAGUGAGAGAGAAAAAACAUUAAAGAAAAAUAAAUAAAUAAAUAAAUAAUUGAUAUCAGCGCAUAAGCACGUUCAUUCGUCACACGAUGGCGCACCAUGUUGGCCGAUUUUUAAUACCGGCUUUAAUUUACAUUUUUUUAAUUACAAUAUUAUCAUCAUCAUCAAAUGGUUAUUCAAUAAAACCAGCUAGUGAAUCAAGAAUCUCAAAUAUUAGUAUGAUAAAAAUAAUAAAUAUAAAUGAUAAAAAUAUAAGUGAAAGUUAUUAUGAAAUUUUGGUUAAACACAGUGAUUAUUUAAUUGUGCAAGUUAUUGGAAAAAAUUUGGAUGUAAUUGAUACAUUGACUUGGUCAAAUGAUAAAAAUUCAUGUGAUAAAAAAAAUAAUAGUUUAAUAUUUAUUUUAUGUACAUCUGAUAAUAAUACAGCAUUUUAUGGAUUAAAUAAAAAACAACAUUAUGAGGUUAAUGAGAUCUAUUUUUGUCAGAAAAAUGUUGAUGGUAAAGCUACGCCGAUCAAUCCUGGCCACCAAAACCCACCCAAAAUUCGGUCUAAACGAGAUACAGCAAAUGAUACUGAUGUUUUCAAGAUACAUGGUUUUCAAAUUGAAACAAAAGUUGAACGAGAAGAAGGCAUACCACGUGUUCUUGCUGAAUCAGAGCUGGUAAUACGUUUAUUUGGUAUUGGUCUUACUGAAAAUACACUCGUUGGAUUUACUGAAAAAUCUAAUGGAUAUCAUUGUGAUUCAAUUGUCGUUGGUGAUUAUAAGAUAAAUGAUGUCAAAGAUGGUUAUACAGGAACAAUAACAGUUGUACUACCACCAAAUAAAGAAACAACUACAUGUUAUUAUAUGUGUGCUAAACGAAAUAAAACUAAUUCUGAUACUAAUCCGUAUCUACAUCAAGGCCAAGAUCCAUUUCUAAGAAUUCAAUCACAAAAAAAAUUACUACCACUUUGGCUACAAAUAACAAUAAUUGUUGUUUGUUUAUGUUUUUCAUCACUUUUUUCUGGACUUAAUUUGGGUCUUAUGUCAAUGGAUAGAACUGAAUUAAAAAUUUUAUGUAAUACUGGAACAGAACAAGAAAAAAAAUAUGCUAAAAAAAUUCAACCAGUUAGAGAACAUGGAAAUUAUUUACUAUGUUCAAUUUUAUUUUCAAAUGUAUUAGUUAAUUCAUUAUUUACAAUUCUUCUUGAUGAUUUAACACAAGGUUUUUGGGCAAUUAUUAUUUCAACAUUGUCUAUUGUUAUUGUUGGUGAAAUUUCACCUCAAGCUUUUUGUAGUCGUCAUGGUCUUUGUGUUGGUGCAAAAACAAUAUAUAUCACUAAGCUAACAAUGUGGUUGACUUUACCACUGAGUUAUCCAACUAGUAUGUUAUUAGAUUUUUUGUUGGGUGAAGAAAUUGGAAAUGUUUAUAAUCGUGAACGUCUCAAGGAACUAGUAAAGGUAACAACUGGUUUUAAUGAUUUGGAAAAAGAUGAAGUUAAUAUAAUAUCAGGUGCCUUGGAAUUGAGAAAAAAAACUGUCUCUAAUAUUAUGACUAAAAUUGAAGAUGUCUAUAUGCUUGAUUACAAUGCAAUUCUUGACUUUGAAACAGUCUCGGACAUCAUGAAAUCAGGUUACUCAAGAAUACCAGUAUAUGAAGGAAUUCGAAAUAAUAUAAUUACUAUGCUUUAUAUAAAAGAUUUGGCUUUUGUUGAUCCUGAUGACAAUACUCCAUUAAAAACACUUUGUCAAUAUUAUCAAAAUCCAUGUAAUUUUGUUUUUGAAGAUGUUACACUUGAUGUCAUGUUUAAACAAUUUAAAGAAGGUCACAAAGGACACAUGGCUUUCGUGCGAAGAGUUAAUAAUGAAGGAGAAGGUGAUCCAUUUUAUGAGGUUAUCGGUUUGGUCACGUUAGAAGAUGUAAUCGAGGAACUAAUUCAAGCUGAAAUUAUGGAUGAAACUGACGUUUUUACUGAUAAUAGAAGUAAACGAAAAAGAUUGACCACACGAUCAAAAAUGCCAGAUUUCACUGUAUUUGCUGAGAAAAAAGAGAAUCAUCGUAUUCAUAUAUCACCUCAAUUGACCCUCGCUACUUUCCAAUACUUAUCAACAACUGUUGACUCGUUUAAACCAGAAUUGAUAUCUGAAACAAUUUUACGUCGUCUAUUAAAGCAAGAUAUAAUUCAUCAUAUUAAAGUUAAAUCACGUGAAAAAGCAAGAAAUGAUCCACUUGCAGUGAUUUAUCAACAGGGACAACCUGUCGAUUAUUUUGUUUUAAUACUUGAGGGACGUGUUGAAGUCACUGUUGGACAAGAAAAUUUAAUGUUUGAAAGUGGUCCUUUUACAUAUUUUGGAUGUCAAGCACUCAGUGUCAAUGUCGUUGUUGCUGCAGAAUCACCAUUAAAUGCAAAUCCUCAAACAUUGGGUAGUAUCCAAUCGAUAAAUUUGGAUGCCAUACUGCGUCAUACAUUUGUACCGGACUAUACAGUUCGUGCAAUUACAGAAGUAUUUUAUGUUAAAGUCAAAAGAUCAUUGUAUUUGGCUGCAAAGCGUGCCUCACUUUUGGAAAGAAGCCAAAAAGAUCCAUCUCCAAGUCAAGAUCAAUUUGAUGAUGAAGUUGAAAAAUUGCUUCAUUCAUUGGACGAGGAUGAUCAUAGUCCACCUACGUCUCCCAUUGCUGAGCGAAUUAAAGAAGUAGCAAAAAAUAAUGGAAUUCAACAACAACAGCAACAACAACUUCAACAGCAGACAAACCAAUCAACAGCUACAAAUACUUUGCCUGUCAGUGCAAGUCCAAAUACAAAUUCAACAUUUUUGUCACAACAACAUCCUGUUGGUGGACCCAAUGGACAAUUAAAAAAUUCUCCUGUUAAGAUUCAAGAAUUAUCUAGUGUUGGUGGUGGUGGUGGUGAUGCUCAGGGAAAACUUGAUCUUGAUGAUGAAAUAGCAAAUCGUCAAGCUCAAGCAGCACUUAUGUUAAAUAAUAAAAAAUUAACAUCUACUGAUGAUGAAGAAAUGAUGGACCUAUUAUCAAAACAAAAUUGUUCUUAACGCUUGCAGAAUGGCCGUGCAAGUAAUGUCUUACCGGCAAUUGAGAUGACAAAUGAUAAAAAUUACAACAAAAGUCAAAAUAAUAUUAAUAAAAAUUCACGUAAAGUAUUGAAGGCGUGACAAUAGUUUAAUGUUGUAGUUUUUUUUUUUUUUUUUUUUUUUUUAAAUGUUAAAAUAAAUAAAAAGAAGUUAGGUACUUAAAAGUAUAUAUGGAAUUAGUUGUACGCAUGACAAGAUGAAUUAUUUCAAUGCGAAAAAAAAAAAAUACAAGACAAAUGUUUAGAAUCUAUAAUAAUAAUCUAUAUUCAAAAAUACAAAAUGAAAAAACUAAAAAAUUAUUAGAAUAGUUAAUUAUUUAUAGGUUUAAAAAAAAGUUGUCCUCUUUAGAGGCUAUAGGCCUCUUUUGGCUAACGGUUUUUUUUAAUUCAUCAACUCAUUGACCACAAUUAAUCAAUUAAAUCCGUUAUCAUGUCCAAUCAGCUCAGGGAAUUUGAAUCGAAUUUAUAAGUAAUUUUUUUUUUUUUUGUAUUUUUUUUUUUUCUUUUGUAGUUGAUUGAGUAUAAGGAGUAUUUUUUUUUUUUGUUUUUUAAUUCCCAUAGUAAUCAUUUUGUCACUUGUAAAUAAAUAUCAUUCCAGGGUGCAUCAUUUCUCAAGUUAUUAAAGUGUCAAAAUAUGUAAAUUUAGAAAAAAACUUUUAUCAUUUUUUUCUAUGCCUCUUGUUAACGUGAAAAAAAAAAAAAAAAAAAACGAAAACGAACAAAUAUUUUUAAAAAAAAGUUACACUGUUAAUGUGCGCAACGAAAUACUCAAUUAUCGAUUCAUUGUUAAAAAUUUUAUAAAAUAAAAAAAAUUAAAAUUAAUACCAAGAGCCAGUUUAUUAACUACAGAGGCAACAUUAUUUAAAUAAUGAAAAAUAUAAAUUCAAUUUAGAAAUGUGCGAAAUAGGUACAACGUUUUAUCUAAGAUAAUUAUUAUUAAAUUAUUAAAAUAAUUAUUACUAAAUGAGAGAAAUCGAAAAAAAAAAAAUAUUUAGCAAAAGUUGUGAUUGUGUAUUAUCUUUUUUUGCUUAUUUGUUGGAUAUAAUAUAUUAUUACUAUUAUUAUUAUAUACAUUUUUUUUGUGAUUUGAUAAUUACUUCAAAUGUUGGUUUUUUUUUUUAUACAAUCUUUUUUUUUUUGUUUUGUUGUUUAAUGUAGAAUUAAUGAAAUAUAAUUUUUGAUUAAUUUCAUGGAUAGAGCUAUCGAAUAAUCAAGUUGUUAUAAAAGUGCGCCUUUUACUUAAUAAUGCCUCCAAGUAAUUGUUAUUUUUUAUACUAAAUAAAAACAGUCGAAACUUUAUAUCAGUAUGAAUGAAAUCACAAAAAAACUACUUGCUACAACAAAGUAUUUUGAUUAAACUCAAAUUUUUAAUAAUUAUCAAGUUAA